GUUGGAAACAGUUGCGGGGCUCGAUGUCCCCGCCCACCCUCGUCCAGGAAUAUUCAAAUCCACCUAUCACCGCGGCGGAGCGGGACUAGUACGGCCAAUGGGCGCUAGACGGGCACUGGCGACGCUGCAGCGGGGGAUUUGAACACAACAUGGCGGCGUCUGCGGUAGUAGCUGCUGCAGUAGCAGCAGCAGCGGAGGAAUAUGCGGCUGCGGCGGCGGGGAGAGAGAUGAGGCGUGAAGCGCUGUGUGACAUUGUCAUCUGCAAUGACCACUCCCUGCGGAGCCAACCGGUUAUCUACAACCCAGACUUUUUUGUGGAAAAGCUCCGUCAUGAGAAUCCAGAGGUGUUUACCGAGCUAGUGGUCAGUAAUAUCACAAGGUUAAUAGAUCUGCCAGGAACAGAGUUUGCGGAGCUGAUGGGGGAAGUGGACCCGAAGCUUCCGGGACAGAACGGAACAACCGCCUCCUUCUUCAAGUCACUCAACUUUCUUAAGCGUAAAGAGAAAGUCAUCGUGUUUGGAGCACCUCUGACCGAAGAAGGCAUUGCACAAAUAUACCAACUCAUCGAGUAUCUGUAUAAAAAUCUGCGGACUGAAGGGUUAUUCCGUAUCCCAGGGAACAGCAAUCGGCAGCAGGUUCUCAAAGAUUGCCUCAAUAGUGGAACAGAUAUCGACGUGGAUUCAGGAGAAUUUCACCCGAAUGAUGUAGCCACGUUACUCAAAAUGUUUCUGGGGGACUUACCUGAGCCACUCAUGACACACAGACAUUAUCACGCUCAUUUAAAGAUUGCAGACCUAAUGCUUCUUGACGACAAGGGGAACCGAACAGGGGUGCCAGAUAAGGAGCGACAAAUCGAGGCCUUGCAGCUCCUCUUCCUGCUCCUCCCAUCCCCCAACAGGAACCUUCUCAAACUGCUGUUGGAUCUCCUCUACCAGACGGCCAAAAAGCAGGACCGCAACAAGAUGUCCGCCCACAAUUUGGCUCUGAUGUUCGCGCCACAUAUCAUAUGGCCUAAGAAUCUCACAGCAAAUGACCUGCAAGAUCAUAUCAUUAAGCUGAACAACGGGGUGACCUUCAUGAUCAAACAUUCGCAAAAACUUUUCAAGGCUCCUGCUUAUAUACGGGAAUAUGCCCGACUGUACUUCAGCGGCAGCAGGAUGCUGACUUCAAAGGAUGAUUUGGACUUGUUACCCUCUGACACUCGCAGCGAGUUUCCGUAUGUAAAGAGUCAGAAAAGAGACAGGUUAAAGUCCUCGCCAUCGUCCUCCGUAUCUCAGCAGGAGCUGACGCAGCAGCGCACAGAGGAGGCAUUAAGGGAAUUGUUCCAGCACGUCCACAACAUGCCGGACUCCACGAAAAAGAAGCGGCUCAUCCGGCAGUUCAAUAAACAUAAUCCUGGAACGCCAGAUGUGUCUGCCGGCAAGAAGCACACUCGCUCACGUUCCUUCAGUGGGAUGAUUAAGCGGAAAGUGAUGGGCGGACAGGUGGCGUCUGAAAAGAAAAGCAGGAUAACGCCUCCUUCAUUGGAUGGAUCAGAAUAUGGCAAAAGAAGCGUUAAAUAUGUAUCCCAAGAUUCUCCAGCCGUCUCCUUCACACGAGCCAAGUUAAAGCUGUCAGACGACUCUCCUACCAGGAAAGAGGGAUUCAGCAAAUUAAGAAGGGCUCAUUUCUUAUCCGGUCAAGAAACAUCAAUUUAAAAGUUCCCGAUUGAACUUCUUGGGUGGUUUUUACUUUUAUUUUAAUAAUUUUAUUAUUUUUUUAUUACUUUUAUAUUUUCAACUUGUGGACGACUGUUACGAAAAAAGCUGUGACAUAACUAAUCCUGUGCAGACUUGUUCCACGGGUGUUUUUACUGUAGCAUAUUCGUUUUACGGACUGUAACAAGAAAAUAGAAACCAGACUUAAACCAACAAACUAUUAUUUGAAUACUAAAGCCUUCAAAAUUAGUGUUCACAUGCAUUGUGAUAUGUAAUACAGUGUUUCUGGCACCAAUACGGAGGCUUAUAACGUGUUUAUAAGGGGCUGAUGAUAUUCCUGUAUUGGGAUUCUUAUUCGUCAUCUAUGUGUAUGUAUGUUACACUGGUUUCACCCUUCCAAAUACUGUCCCACUGUUCUGUGUGUGAAUGUUGUGGUGCUGGAUGUGCAUUGUUUAAUGUAAGCAAAAACUGCAUACGUGACAGCGUAAGGAUGUUGUGUAAAGUGAUUUAUGGAGGAGAUUUGGGAAAGUGGUAUAGAAGUCACUGCUUGGUGUUAAGCACAAGGCAGCACAAUAUGAUUAAUGUGAGGUUAAAGUGAAAUUGUAUGUGUAAAUAGAUGGGGUCUGCCGUUGCUGAAUGUAUUCCAGUCAGGCAAGCUUAAAUGCUGCAGUGUGUACAAAUGGACGUUUGUGUGAUUUUUGUUUUUAUUUUCGUGUUGAUAGUUUUUGUUUAUAAAGUUUGUUUCAUUAAGUAGCUGUACUAUAUGUUUACAUAUAAGUCUUAUAGCGGACCAUAAAUAUUAUGUGGUUAUUCCUAAGCCUUUCCCGAAUGCACAUAAGGCAGGUUACCUUAGCCCUGUUUAUGGUGUGAAGCAGUUGUACCAGUUACACCACGAAGAUUAGACUGAUCAUUGUGGAACCGCAGCCUGCCUAUAGGAGAAGAGAGGGUUCUAACCGGAAGACUGAUGACAACAGACCAGGAACUUUCAGGGUGGGGUUAGAGGGGAGGACUGACCGUGCUAUCAGUGAAAAGCAGCGGCAUGCUAAAGCCCAUCUUGAUUGGGCGCUGUCUGACCGCCUGUGUGGUGCAAACUGACCAGGUCACACAAUGACCAGGGCGCAUUGCACAAGUAGCUGUAGUCAUGCUUAUAUAAAUGUCUUCACUUUGGAAUAAAUAGGGGCAGGGGAUUAACGUGGAGAAGGCACAUUCUGGCUUCUCCUAGAGCCCCCCACUGCGACUGCUAAUGAGCACCAGGUGCCGAAGCCUGGUCUGUGAUGCAGCAACGUUUCCCACUGCUGACGUUAUUGCGUCACUGUGCGUUGUGCAGCUCCCAGGUCCAUUCACAUAUUUGAAGCUAAAUUGUGUUAGCUCUUCUGGUGAAAACUUCUAAGUCUUGGACUGGAUUACAGGUUCAUUCCCCAUAAAACACACUUUUAAAAUUAACCUUUACUUUCCCGGAGUGUUUUGAUCCCAUACUCGCAGAACGUUAUCCAUGCCGGUGUGAUUGGCCGAUCGGUGCCCUGGACAUCACUGUAGAGCAUUGAGCGGACUUUUCCAUCUGAACUGGGCUCACAAAUACUUGUCUUGAGGAGCAAAAAUUGACUAUAUGAAAGUGGAAUUUUUGUAAUUGGGCAAAUUAGACAACCCACAAAUGUAAAGAAAUUUACCAAAAAAAAAAAAAAAUGUUUUUUAUAUAAGCAAACCAGAUUACAAGAAACUUUAUCAGACCUGGUAAUAGUUUUAAUUGUAAGCUCUUAGGUCAGCUUAGAUUUGCCACAUGUCUAGCUAUAUCCUAGAAAGAAUCAUCUCUCGCCUUAUAACCUUUUCUCCAGCUGGACAAUAUCAGCCCUUCCCGGAAUAGGCAACUGUUUGUGGUCAGCUACUUUACACGUCUUUACUAGACAAGCUUUGUCUGCAUGACUGCGCCUGUAAAUAUCAGCGGUGUUUGCCUUCCUAUACAAGGCUGAAUAUCUUUCUCUUAAAGAUUUGCUCUUCCCAAGGGAUUUUCUAUUAGCUCGCGAUGACCUACUGGACAAUAGGACAAGUGCAUGAGAAAUAGACACUGCAGUCUGUCCCUGGUCAGUGGUUUACUAGAAUGUUGAUAGAUAUAUAUAUAUAUAUAUAUAUAUAGAUAUAUAUAUAGAUAUAUAUAUACACACACACACACACAUUUCUUGUUCUAAAUGUGGUAAGACUCUUAUUGAUGGCCAAACUGAUGAUGCUGCCCAGCCAGACCUGAAAAUCAGGACAGUCAGCCAAUGCGAUCUGCAUUUCUGUCUUUCUGUGCAGUAUGACAGUCUCGUGGCCAAUGAGGUCACAGAUUCUGUGGUUCUGCGAUAGACUGUCGCCGGAUUUGCAUGUUUAUGGGCAGCCUUCAGCUUUGGUGUGAGAUGAGAAUUUCAGUGCACUGUGAGAAAUUGUGCCUUUUUCAAUGUUUUUUGUGUUUACUUUCAAAAUAAUUUUUUCACGAGCCAACAUAAUUUAUGCUCAUGAUAGUUGUUUUUGUUUUUUAUAUUUCAUGUUGAUUACAUUUGUAUAAUGUUUAGCGCUUAGACCAAACGCCAUUUUUCUAGACCCCCCCCUCUCUAAUUUUGAUGAUUGUGAACCAAACCAAAACCAUUUUGUAGGUGGUUGUGCCAAAUCGGUGCAGUACAAGAGUACACUGUUGUACUGGACUGUUUCCAAUGAAUGUAGCAGAACCGGCUUUCCGUGCUCAGACCUAACAAUAUAAAAGUGUUCACCAAGACUUACCUGAACAGGUACAUGUUUUCUGGCUGUCCCUGCCAGCAGAGAGGCAUCUGAAUUCAUGCACGCCACAAGUAAAACAUUUAAGAGGAGAUUACAAGACCCCCCUACAUGUGCUUUGCUUGCUCCUGAUUACUGUUACAGCAUAUUGAGAAAUCCCUUUUUAUAUUUCUCUAUAUAGAGAAUGAGACUUGUAAUCAGUCAUUGUAAGACAAGUCGCUUAUGUUUGAAUCGACUUAAGUCAGUUUAGUACUGACUACUUAUUGCAGGUGAUUGCCAAAUAACAUCUUCUACAACGUAUUGCUGAAUGCGUGGCUUACCGAAAUCUCUUAUAGGGAAAUUCCUAUAGCGCAUUGAGGUUUUCCUUUUCUUGACGACAUAUUCUCGUUGCAUCUCGUAGACCGCCUGCUUUCCGAUGUGCGCAACCAAUAGUUUCAAAAAUGUGAAAAAUUGUUAAAUGACCAAAGAAAUGUGAAUUUGGUUAAGGGGGAGAUUUAUCAAAGCUUGGAGAGAAAGAAAGGGUCAACCAAUCAGCAACUAACUGUCAUUUUUUUAAACACAGCCUGAAAUAGUUAGGAGUAGAUUGGUUGGUACUUCAUCGCUCGCCAAGGCUUGAUAAAUCUCCCUCUAAGUCCUCAACACGGUCUAAACACUGCUGACAAAUGAUCGUUACCGCUGUGACAUCUCGGAAAUUCAGUGUACCUAUUAAAUGUCGCGCUGGAUUUACCAGAUACUGAAAGAAAUAAGUUUUCCUUGUCUAUUGUCAACUGCUGUUAACUACUUAUAAACGCUCACCACUAACUGGCGCACAGCGGUCGCUGUACGGAGAAACCAUCUUGUAUACAAUGUCUGUGUAAAUGUGUGUCAGUGUUUUAUAUUUGUGUGUUUAAUAUUUAUGUUCUAUGUAUGUUAUGCUGUGAAAGUCUUAAUUUUUUUUAUUGUGUAAUAUUUUUUAAUAUGGCUUACAAAUAAAUAUUUCCAUCUUGC